AUGACGGUUGAAGUUCAACGAAAUGGCGUCAACGGAGCCCACGGCUCUGCAAUGCCUAUAGUCCACAAGCUGGCAAAGGACCAUGAUUUGGUUUUGAAGACCUUUCGGUUGUUGAUUGCAGACCUCUGCCAACAAUUCAACGGCGGACACCCCGGUGGUGCUAUUGGUAUGGCUGCGAUCGGUGUUGCACUAUGGAGAUACGUGAUGCGUUAUGCACCACACACUCCGGCAUUCUUCAACCGGGAUCGCUUCAUCUUGUCUAAUGGUCACACUUGCCUCUUCCAGUACUCUUUCCUGCAUCUCACGGGCUACAAGGCGAUGACCUUUGAACAGCUCAAAUCAUAUCACUCAGAUCGUGUUGAUGCGCUAUGCCCCGGACAUCCAGAGAUUGAACAUGAAGGAAUUGAAGUGACAACCGGACCAUUGGGUCAGGGUCUUGCGAAUGCUGUAGGCUUGGCCAUGGCGACGAAGAAUCUCGCGGCCACCUACAACCGCCCCGGCUUCGAUGUGGUAAAUAACCAUACUUGGUGUAUGGUUGGCGAUGCUUGCUUGCAGGAGGGUGUUGGUCUCGAGGCAAUUUCGCUGGCCGGGCACUUCCGUCUAAACAAUCUCACUGUCAUCUACGACAACAACCAGAUUACUUGUGAUGGAUCCGUUGAUCUUACCAACACCGAAGAUGUGAACACAAAAAUGCGCGCCUGUGGCUGGGAUGUGAUUGAGGUGGUAGAUGGCUGCUUUGAUAUCGAGGGCAUUGUUCGUGCAUUGGAGCAAGGUCGCGCAUCGAAGCAAAAGCCCACCUUUAUUAAUAUCAAGACGGUUAUCGGCCUGGACAGUAGUGUUGCUGGAACCGCUACUGCCCAUGGUGCUGCUUUCGGUGCCAAGAGUAUCUAUGAUAUGAAGGCUUCCUACGGCUUCAACCCGGAGGAGCACUUUGUCAUUAGCGAAUCUGUUCGUCAGUUCUUCCACGAAGUUCCAGAGCGCGGAGAGCAGUGGGUUCAAGAGUGGGACCAGCUAGUAAACAACUACGCUGUCCAGCACCCUGAUCUAGCGGCCGAGUUCAUGGCUCGUGUGCGCGGCGAGCUUCCAGUCAACUGGCAGGAACAUAUUCCAACCACCUUCCCUGAGAAGCCCACUGCCACUCGUGCGGCGUCUGGUCUAGUAUUUAACCCAAUUGCCAAAGGAGUCAACUCUUUUAUAGUCGGUACUGCGGAUCUCUCACCAUCCGUAAACAUGAUCUGGCCUGGCAAAGUCGACUUCCAGCAUCCCGACCUCCGAACAACCUGCGGCAUCAAUGGCACUUAUGCUGGCCGGUAUAUUCAUUAUGGUGUCCGUGAGCAUGCCAUGGCUGCCAUCUCCAACGGUCUGGCCGCUUAUUCCCCCAAUACCAUCAUUCCAGUCACAUCGACCUUCUUCAUGUUUUACCUAUACGCUGCACCCGCUGUCCGAAUGGGUGCGUUGCAGCACCUCCAAAUUAUCCACGUCGCCACCCAUGACUCCAUUGGUAUGGGCGAGGACGGACCGACCCAUCAGCCUAUUGAGUUGGCAAACCUCUAUCGUGCGAUGCCAAACCUCUUGUAUAUCCGUCCCGGUGAUAGCGAGGAGACAGCCGGUGCAUGGAUUGCCGCUAUUAGCGCCAAGCAGACUUCAAGUAUCAUUUCAACCUCUCGUCAAGCAUUGCCCCAGAUCCCACAGACGCGUCGUGAUGGCGUAGCCCUUGGCGCAUAUGUACUCUCUGAAUCUGAGUUGGCUACUGUCACCUUAAUCGGCGUUGGAGCUGAACUUUCGCUAGCAGUGGAGGUUGCUGAGCAACUAAAAGUGCAGAAGGGUAUUACCGCGCGUGUUGUCAGCUUCCCUUGCCAGCGCCUAUUUGAAAAACAGUCAGUCGAAUACAAGCGCAACACGCUGCGGCGACACCAGGGCAUACCGGCUGUGGUGAUUGAGCCCUACGCGCCGAACGGGUGGGAACGUUAUGCAGAUGCGGGCAUCUGCGUGACACGCUUCGGUCAUAGUCUCCCGGGCAAGGCGGCGUACAAGUUUUUUGGGUAUGGUAUUGAAACGUUGACAACAAAGGUGGCUAGGUACCUAGAACGAAUCCAGGAAGAUGAGCUACUUCGCGGCGAGUUUGUCGACCUGUGA